UUUCUUCAGGGUCAUGAUGAAGAAGCUGUUGUGGAUAUGGGCAAAAUCAGCUCUACUAUCAAUACAAACUUCGAGAAAGAAGAACUAGAGAGCCACAGAGCUGUGUAUAUUGGAGUUCACGUCCCCUUUGGAAAGCAAGGCCGUCGACGGCAUCGACAUCGUGGGCACAGGCAUCAUAGAAGAAAAAAAGAAAAAGAGACUGACAGAGAGGAUGGCCGAGAAUCUCCAUCAUAUGACACGCCAUCCCAACGAGUGCAAUUUAUUUUGGGUACUGAAGAUGAUGAUGAACACAUUCCCCAUGAUCUUUUCACUGAAAUGGAUGAACUUUGCUUCAGGGAUGGAGAGGAAUAUGAAUGGAAAGAAACUGCUAGGUGGCUGAAAUUUGAAGAGGAUGUAGAAGAUGGUGGUGAUCGAUGGAGCAAGCCUUAUGUAGCAACUCUGUCUCUGCACAGUCUCUUUGAACUGCGAAGCUGUAUUCUUAACGGGACAGUCAUGUUGGACAUGAGAGCAAACACACUAGAUGAGAUAGCAGAUAUGGUUUUGGACAACAUGAUUGCCUCUGGCCAGCUGGAUGAAUCCAUAAGAGAGAAUGUGAGAGAGGCUCUUCUAAAAAGGCACCAUCAUCAGAAUGAGAAAAAGUUCAGCAAUCGGAUUCCGCUGGUUCGGUCUUUUGCAGAUAUAGGCAAGAAACAUUCUGACCCUCACUUGCUUGAACGAAAUGGGGAAGGCCUUUCAGCCUCCCGUCAUUCUUUGCGAACAGGUCUCUCUGCCUCAAAUAUUUCCCUGAGAGGAGAAAGCCAUUUGUCAGUUCUUCUCAAUUACCUUCUUCCUUCUUCAAGAGCUGGAACCCCGGCAACCUCAAGAUGUACAACCCCUGUAACUACCCCUCAAAACACACCACCGUCCAGUCCUGCCUGCAGCCACCCGCCAACCACAAGUGCCCAGCCAAGUGCACUUCAGGGCAAGGAAUUGCUGGUGUCACCUGCCAGUGAUGAUAUUCCUUCAGUAAUAAUCCACCCACCUGAGGAGGACUUAGAAGUGCAGGAAAGCCAGGAAAAGAAGACUGAGGAAAAUAUUGACAAAACACCAGGGCUAUUAGCAUCUCCACAGUCAGCACCUGGAAGUUUAGACACUGGGAAAAGUGGAGACGUCAAAGGUACUGGGACAGGAGGAAGCAGAGAAAACAGCACGGUUGAUUUUAGUAAGGUUGAUAUGAACUUCAUGAGGAAAAUUCCUUCAGGAGCAGAAGCAUCAAAUGUGUUAGUGGGAGAAGUAGAUUUUUUAGAAAGACCUAUUAUUGCUUUUGUGAGGCUCUCCCCUGCUGUGCUUCUCUCAGGUCUCACAGAGGUUCCAGUUCCUACACGGUUUUUGUUUUUGUUGCUGGGACCAGCAGGAAAAGCUCCACAGUACCAUGAAAUUGGAAGAUCAAUAGCAACACUUAUGACGGAUGACGUUUUCCACGAUGUUGCAUAUAAAGCAAAAGACCGAAAUGAUUUGUUGUCAGGAAUUGAUGAAUUUUUAGACCAAGUGACAGUCCUGCCUCCAGGAGAAUGGGAUCCAUCUAUACGAAUUGAGCCACCAAAAAGUGUUCCUUCCCAG